CGGGCUGUCCAUUUGUGCCACGCACAGCCACGGCAAGUGCUUCAAGCUGCACUGGUGCUGUCACCUGGGAUGGUGUCACUGCAAAUAUGUAUAUCAGCCUAUGACCCCCGUGGAGCAGCUCCCCAGCACGGAGAUCCCCGCAAGGCCACGAGAGCCCACCAACACCAUUCAGAUCUCGGUCUCACUCACUGAACACUUUUUGAAAUUUGCAUCUGUCUUCCAGCCUCCGCUUCCCCCUGACUCGCCAAGGUACUGUAUGAUUUCCGAUCUCUUCAUUGACAACUAUCAGGUCAAAUGUAUCAAUGGGAAGAUGUGCUAUGUGCAGAAGCAGCCGGUGCCCCAUUCCCAGAAGACGAGCCCUGAGGAGGUCUCUGCACAUGAUGCCUUAAUUUCCAAAGAGAGUGACACUCCGAAACUGGAUCACUGCUCCUCCCCUUCCAGUUCCGAGGACUCGGGGAUCAAUGCAAUUGGGGCUCACUAUGUGGAAUCCUGUGACGAGGACACAGAGGAAGGGGCGGAACUGAGUUCCGAGGAGGAUUACAGCCCCGAGAGCAGCUGGGAACCCGAUGAGUGCACCCUUCUCUCCCCAUCACAGUCUGAUCUGGAAGUGAUCGAAACCAUGGAAACCACUGUGUAGUCAGCUGGGAACUGCGGCCGGCCGGGAUCCACCCUGAGCUUCUGGACUUUGAUUUGAUGCAUUCUUUUCCAAUACUCUUGGCAUUUUCCAAGCUCUAUUACCAACCACAGCAGUCCAGGAGGCUGCUAAUUAGUGUUAAAAUUAUCUUGUAACCAGGACAUUGUUUUUCUUUUGUAUCUUGCUUUCUAUGUAGCAUCUGGUGUCAUAGCUGUGACCCAGCCUUAAUUUCACUGAGAACUUUGAGAGUGGUGGUGACCACAGAAUAUCAUGGGUCACAUGGAGGAGCUCCCCAGAGUGGAGGUGACCAUAUUUUACCCAUAGCUCAUCCUUUGUGGCAAAGGCUCUUCCCUUUGGCAUGUCAUGUGACACCUCUGUUCUGCUGGUCUCGGGGUGGGGGAGCAGCUCACUUCAGCCAACAGUGUUGCUGGCAAUCUUCCUUCCCUUCCUCCUCCUGCCUGCCACCCGUACUGGCUCAGGACAAGGGUAGCCUUGAGAGCUACUUCCAGGAGGCCCUUGGAGGUUCCCUGGACCCCUGGUGAUGGCCAUGUCACAGCUUCCGUGACUGAGAGGAGAGACGGGCCUCUCCAAUUUUGGGCAGCGGGGUGGUGGGAUUCAGGAGGGCUCAGACCUGGUUCUCACCUAGAAGGAGACACAUUGAAUUACAGGUCAUGUGCUUCAUGGCACCCAGGAGGCUCCUGGACCCAGGGAAAGGAGAGGUGGACUUGGCCUAGGCUAGUUGAGAAAGUUGCUACAGUGUCUGAGCUGGCCUUGGGCGGGUUCCACAGCAUCCACUGCCCUUCUUGGUUGUUUUUCAGAUCAGGGAGAAGCAUUUGUGUUUUGUAGGAAUUAUAUUUAGGAGGCAGCACAUCUGACAUCUUAAGAAAAAAAAAACACAAUAGUUUUAGUUAGCAUGGAAAUGCUAAAAGACAAGUCCUUUAGGGAUUAGGAAUGAAUCUAAUAGGUUUGAUUAAUUCUGCUUCGUUUGGUUGUAUGAAGCAUUAGAAUGGCUUAGAUGAGAAAUGGACUAGAAUUUUGUACGAUGCAUGGAUUUUAUGCAAAUGCAAAAACAGUUGAAGUAGCUCACUGCUGAGUCAGGAAGAUGUUUUAUGUAACGCUUCUUCACUUUACUACGCUGAAGUCCACACACAUUGUGUGUGUUCUUUCACACAGCUCAUUGCUGAGUCAGGAAGAUGUUUUAUGUAACACUUCUUCACUUUACUACACUGGAAUCCACACACAUUGUGUGUAUUCUUUCACACACACAAAAUAGUGAGUAAUUCUUUCUUACGUAGAUUUCUUCAAAAAUCUGUUCCUAAUUUGCUAUAUACUGGGUGUUCUCAUGUAAUCUUACUACUUGCCGUUUUCCUAACUCUAUCUGUGAAGCAUAGCACAAAUCUGGGAGCUUUAACGUAUGUGGGGAGAGUCACAGAACUGCAGGGAGGUGGCAUCUCAGAUCCUGGCAGUCUAGGCAGAUGCCAUGGCCUCAAGGCCUCAUGCUGUCAGCAUCUCGCAAUCCCCCACCCCUCUCUCUCCCAUUAGUGUGAACUCAAGGGAAGGGGAGGCUCGCAAUACUCUUGGGACCUCCUGAAUUUGGGGUUCUUCACUGUGUACUCGAGGAAGAACCUGCUUUCCCAAUUGGUUAUGGAAUUCCAGUGAUUUACCACUAGAACCUUCUUCAGGCUGACAAGCUCAAAACGUCCACAGUGUUCAGAAGGCAGGAAAUGUGGCUUCCUUUGAAAAGCAUUAGUUAAAACUUCCUGUGCUAGAGGAGAAGGUAGCAGAAAACCCCCACUUAGUGAAAUGUGAAGACAAACCAAGAAGGACCAGCAGGCACAGGGGAGGGCAUGUGGGAGCAGCCACAACUUGGUGAGGGUCAUGCUGCUGGCCUGAGAUGGCCUGGGGACAUCUGGUGAGCCCGGCCUGAGGUUUCUGAUGCCUCACUGGCAUGGAAACCAAAUACCAUGAGCCACGUAUCCCUCAUCCUGCACUCAGGGCUGUGAAGGCGGCACCGGGGCCAUCUUCAAAUGUGUGGCGGGCGAUCUCGUCAGAGCCCCAGAAGAGGCAGGCACACAGCAGCCAGCGCUCCAUCCCCACACCUUUCUGAAACUUCUGAUGGGCUCACCACCACGAGUACUAAACUAACUGGAGUUAUAACCCAGGCUCCAAGGCCAUGAAAACAUGUGUUCUGAGCCCCAGUUCUAGAGCUUGGCCAGGAGCUUGGCUUGGGCCCUUUAUCAGUAACAUCUGUGUCCUUUUCCUUUUUUUUUUUUUUUUUGUUUUUUUCAAGACAGGGUUUCCCUGUGUAGCUUUGGAGCCUGUCCUGGAACUAGCUCUUGUAGACCAGGCUGGUCUCGAACUCACAGAGAUCUGCCUACCUGCCUCUGCCUCCCGAGUGCUGGGAUUAAAGGCGUGCGCCACCACUGCCCAGCUCAGGGUCCUUUUUUCUAAAACCCCAAACUGCCACUCAGAUAUGCCACAAUUGUGAUGGAACUUUUGGAUUUAAUAACAAUUGAUGAUCACAUUAAAUAUUUUCACAGUCUCUUUAUAAUUAAACUCACUAAGCUGCACUUGCUGUUUUAUAAGAUUGGACACAUUCCCCUGCAUUCUUGCAUCUCAAAACAGCCUUUUUAAAAUGAGCACAACCAAGA